CGCUGCCGGAAAUUAGCAUUUUGGGUCAAGUUUUUAAGGACAUGCCUAAAAUACACCCGCUCAUCUGAGCGCAAGUGAGCUGUUAUAAAACAGGUCAAUUGCCGAACCUGGUUUUAGCGCUAGAAAAUGCUACUACGCCAGUUUUCACUUGACGAAAUUGCAAAACGAACGUGCGUUUGACACUAGCGCCGCCUUAAACCAGCCAAAAAUAGAGCCAUGCGUCUUUAAACAACUAUCUCUGAUUACAAGAUUCAAGAUUGACCCAUGUUAGAACUUUCAACAGAUCUUUUUAACAAACAACUUGUUGGGUUUAACGUUUCCUUUAGAGAUUAAAAUGAUUUUGAAGGAAUGGGUGGGGUAGUUGCUGAUCGCUCGAUGUUAAAUUUAUAAUGAUUUAUAAUCUGUUGAAUUUUGCCUUUUGUAAAACGUUGUAAACCCAAACUUUCUGUCAUGUAGCAUGUCACUGUUUAAUCUGAAAACAGAGUUUAUGUGUUUGGUUAACCUGAAUAGAAAAAUUGUAUAUUUUGAAUAAUUAUGUCAAGUUGGAGAUUACAUUUAUUUGAUCAGCUGGACUUGGUCACUGUACCUCCCCCUCAGACCAGGAUGUUUGCUGGAGAGACCUCACUCUGUCCUGGCUGUGAAAAAGUGGUCUAUUUUGCAGAGAAGGUGAUGUCCCUGGGUAGGAACUGGCACCGACCCUGCCUGCGCUGUGAGAGGUGUAAGAAGACACUGACCUCUGGUGGACAUGCUGAGCAUGAAGGGAUACCUUAUUGCCACGUCCCUUGCUACGGCAUCCUGUAUGGACCAAAAGGAGUGAACAUCGGCAAGGUGGGCUGUUACAUCUAUGAGAAGGAAGACAUGGAGCAAACUGAAAUACCCAGCCAGUCCUAACCACACACUAAAAGUGAGAUGAAUGGGGUCUCUGUUUGAUUAGGGUAAUUUCAGUGACUGAAUUGAGUGACUGAAGUGAUUCACUGACUGAAUUUGACAAGUAAUGCAAUGGAACCGACCACAUGCUUGCUGAUAAACAUGAGGUAUUUUUGUGUGUAUUUUUACAUAUUGUUUGUAUAACGUAAUAAUGUUUCAGAAUAUUUAAAUCACUUUUGCUACCUGCUAAGCACACAGAUUUAUAAAAUAUAUUUAACAACAGGUUCAUAUCCAAUAUUAAAGAUUGAUUGCAUACAUUUGCCAAUGGUUAUGGUGAGGAAGAAUGCAUAAAGAGUUAUGAUAUGUUAUCAAAGAUAAUAUUUUGUUCCUCAUUCAUAUGAAACAGAAAGGAGUCUUUACUAAAUAAGAUAAUGCAGUAUUGGUAUUGAGUGGAGAAUUAGAAUUUGUAUAGGAGGAAUAAAAUGAAUUACGCUUGUCUUGUUUUAUUAAA